GUGACCUCAGUUUCUGCAGCAGCACACAACUUGAGACAGGCUCGCGCACACAAGCAUACACGCGCGCGCACCUUCACUCGAAACACCGCACGAGGGGGAGAGAUGGCCGGUAUUUUCGGGAAGAUCUUCGUGGGAAUUUACGUGGAGAUAAAACGGAGCGACGGACGGAUACACCAGGCCAUGGUCACAUCACUGCAUGAGGACAAUGAGAGUGUGACAGUGGAGUGGAUUGAGAAUGGGGACACAAAAGGAAAAGAGAUUGAUCUGGAGAGCGUGUUUGCUCUGAAUCCAGAUGUUGCUCCUGAUGAAGAGAUUCCACAGAGUCCUGAGACUCCUCUUCCUCCCUCAAGUGUUGCCAAAACCAGCAAACUCCCCAAGACUAGACGGAUUACAGCAAUACCCAAAGCUGAGAAUGCUCCACGGGAGAAUCGAGCUGCAGCAGUGGGAACCACCCGUGCUCGUCCCAGCCAGCACAGCCAAGCUGCAGAGCCCCCCCCACCUGCCAUCCCCCCUCAAUCUGCUGCGCUCAACCAGUCCCUGAUCCAGCAGCAGAACGCACGGAGGAAAUCAAACUGCGUGAAGGAAGUGGAAAAGCUGCAGGAGAAACGAGAGAAGAGGCGACUUCAGCAACAAGAGCUCAGAGAGAAGAGGGCACAAGAGGUGGACGUUAAUUUACCAAACUAUGAAAUCAUGUGUAUGAUCAGAGACUUCAGAGCCAGCCUAGACUACAGGCCUUUAACCACCAACGAUCCGAUCGAAGAGCACAGGAUAUGUGUGUGUGUACGUGCACGUCCCCUUAAUAAAAAAGAGUUGUCAUUGAAGGAUUUGGACGUGAUCACCAUCCCCAGUAAGGACGUCGUGAUGGUCCACGAGCCCAAACAGAAAGUUGACCUGACACGCUACCUGGAGAACCAAACCUUCAGAUUUGACUACGCCUUUGAUGAGAACUCCACCAAUGAAAUGGUUUACAGGUUCACUGCUCAGCCGCUAGUUGAGACAAUUUUUGAGCGUGGGAUGGCAACUUGCUUUGCAUACGGACAAACUGGAAGUGGAAAAACACAUACAAUGGGGGGAGACUUUUCUGGAAAGAACCAGGACUGCUCUAAAGGGAUCUAUGCACUGUCUGCCAGAGAUGUUUUUCUCAUGAUAAAGAAGCCAAAUUAUAAGAAGUUGGAUCUCCAAAUCUUUGCCACAUUUUUUGAGAUUUACAGCGGAAAGGUGUUUGACCUUCUAAACCGAAAAGCCAAGUUACGGGUGCUGGAGGAUGGGAAGCAGCAGGUUCAGGUGGUCGGGCUGCAGGAGAGGGAGGUGAAAUGCACAGAGGAUGUCCUCAAACUCAUCGAAGUAGGAAACAGCUGCAGGACUUCUGGUCAGACUUCAGCUAACGCUCACUCCUCUCGGAGCCACGCUGUCUUCCAGAUCAUCCUGCGUCGGCGGGGAAAGAUGCACGGAAAGUUCUCCCUCAUUGACCUGGCAGGGAAUGAGAGAGGAGCCGACACAUCCAGCGCCGACCGCCAGACUCGCCUGGAAGGAGCUGAGAUCAACAAGAGUCUGCUGGCAUUAAAGGAGUGCAUUCGAGCCCUGGGCAGAAACAAACCUCACACCCCGUUCCGAGCCAGCAAGUUAACCCAGGUGCUGAGGGACUCGUUCAUUGGAGAAAACUCUAGAACAUGCAUGAUUGCAACAAUCUCUCCUGGAAUGGCGUCAUGUGAAAACACCUUGAACACAUUGAGAUAUGCCAACAGAGUAAAGGAGUUUGGAAUCAGUCCCUCUGACAUUCCCUUCACUCAGAGUGGGGGCGGAGGAGGUCGCUCUGAGCUCUCUCCAUCUUAUGAAGUGAAGGAGCUGGUGGUGGACCCUGCAGCUGCCAUUGACAUCCGUCAGGGAGGACACAUCAACCAGCUGGAGGUUCUGGAGGCUCAGUGGGGAGUCGGGAGUUCUCCCCAGAGAGACGACCUGAAGCUGCUCUGUGAACAAAACGAGGAGGAGGUUUCUCCGCAGCUCUUCACUUUCCAUGAAGCGGUCUCUCAGCUGGUGGAGAUGGAGGAGCAGGUUCUGGAGGACCACAGGGCAGUGUUUCAGGAGUCGAUCCGCUGGCUUGAAGAUGAGAAGGUUCUUCUGGAAAUGACUGAAGAGGUGGACUAUGAUGUCGAAUCAUUUGCAACUCAACUAGAACAAAUUCUGGAUCAGAAGAUUGACAUUCUCACAGAGCUCAGAGAUAAAGUCAAGUCUUUCCGCUCUGCACUACAAGAAGAGGAGCAAGCUAGCCAACAGAUAACCCCGAAGAGGCCUCGUGCACUAUAGACAGCCACACAUAUCUGAUAUUUCACUGUAAUAUCAACUGGAAAAAGGUCACUGAAAGAGCUGAUUUAGCUCGGCUGUAAUUUUACGACUUGUCUCUGUUUGUUUGGUCUCUCCUCCACUUCCUCUUUUCUGUACAGGCUGCCAUGGCUUCCCUUCAUGCAUCCGUCCCCCUUUAAACCAAAGAGCAGGCUGUCUUUGCUCUUCAUCCUCUCGUGAAGUCUAUUUACAAGGUUUUUUAUGUGUGAUGAGUCACAAGUGCUUCAUUUUAAACAAAAAAGGUGAAUAUUUAUUUGUUUUAAAUACAUUUUUAUAGAGUUGAAUUGAAGCGUAUCCUCACUUUGGCCAAUUUUAUAGACAACUUUUGCCAUUUUGUGCAAUAUUUGAAGGAUUUUGUUCCUGUUCGUCCGCAUGUUUCAGCUCAGGGGGGGAACAGGACAUAUCGAGUUUGUGUGUAAAAUAAGCCACUGUGUGUUUUUGUUGAUCUUGUAAGUAACUUAUGUAUGUUUGAAUGAGAAGAGGGUUAAAACACUAAACAUGAAUUACAAAAAGUGGCCUGCAGGGGGCACAAUAAUCAAAGGUAAAGCUUCUAAAUUUCCACACAACAACCACAGACAGUCAUGAUCCAUUUGCCAAAAUAAAGAAAAGAUACUUCU